UCGCAGUCUACAGUGAGUCGUUGCAGCAGUGCAGUUGCUGUGGCCGCGUGUUUAUAAUCUCAUCGACGCCGACAAAUGCAAAAUUGAGCAAAUAUGUUGUGCAAAAUUAAAAAAGAAAAAAUAACAAAAAAUAUAUAGUUGUGCUUACGUGCUUGAGCAUAUUAUUAAAAGGGAAUAUUAAAAAAUAAGCUUGUAAUAAACAUUUUAAUUAUAGAUACGUUUUAAAAUUACAUCAGCGCUGCAGUAUUACAUAAAAAAUAAUAAGACUAGUGGGUUAAGUGUAGAGCGCCAUUCUACAUGCAUAUAUCUACAUAUACAUAAUUACAUAUGUAUGUAUUAGUACAAAAAUAUAAAUAAAUUUUGUACAGCAAUUAGAAAUACAUAUUAGAUAAAAAAAAAAAAAUAGUGAACACAACUGUGCCAGUGUUAAUAAUAAAGUGCACAACGACAAAAUGUUGAAAAUAUUCAAGAGCAAGAAAGACAAGUUACCGAAAUCGGAAAUCAUCACCUGUGAGCCGCAGGUGACCAAAGAGCCGCGUACAAAAUGCGGUAAACCGCUAGUAUUGGAUAACACACGAUGGGAGAGAAGACUGCAUAAAGAGUUGAUGUCGCUGAUAAAGGAACCGCCACCGGGUGUUACCGUUGAUACCGAUAGUAUAGGACAAAAUUUAUCAGAAUGGAAAAUAAAUAUUGCCGGUUUCGAGGGUACUCUGUAUGAGGGCGAAAACUUUCAGCUGCUUUUCAAGUUCAACAAUAAAUAUCCCUUCGAUUCGCCAGAGGUGACGUUUAUUGGCAAUAAUAUACCCGUGCAUCCGCACGUCUACUCCAAUGGACAUAUCUGCCUUUCUAUAUUGACAGAGGAUUGGUCGCCAGCGCUAUCAGUACAAUCUGUCUGUCUGAGCAUAGCAUCGAUGCUAAGUAGUUGUCGCGAAAAGAAACGUCCACCAGACAAUACACUCUAUGUGAAAACCUGUAAUAAAAAUCCGAAAAAGACUAAAUGGUGGUAUCAUGACGAUUCUGUCUAGUGGAAGGCGAUUGCUGCUGCCGACCGGUUAACAUAUAAGCUAUUCGCUGCACUGACAAACUCAUUGCUGGUACUUAGAAUGGAACUACAACAACAAAUUACGCAAAUAUACACUGAGAGUAAAUUGUCUGUGAAAAAAAUACGUCGACGCGUAAAGCUCAAACGUAAACACGCUUGCGCAAAAUUACAUUAAUUAAAAAUUAUUCAUAUAUUGCAAAAGG